AUGCAUACUACUAAGGAAUGUAAUCAAGGUUAUAAUAACAGUAACUGUCAGUUUUACGUUAAUGCAUAUUGGUGUAAAAAGGACAACAAGAUAUACAUAACAAAAAUUGAUAACCAGCAUAAUUAUGCCCUUAUUAACAAUAUUAAAAUAGUUGCAACUUAUUACCAAAGACUUACUCCCAAGAUGCAUGAUGAUAUAAAGCUUCUUGCUUCUUGUAGGGUACAUGCUGAAGCAAUUAUUGAAGUGUUGCAAAAGAAAAACCUAGGAAAAUACAUUCAUAUAUGCAAUGUAUAUAACAUAAUUCAGAUGAAUCGAAUUCAAAAAAAGACAAUAAGUGAUGCUGGGUCAAUGUAUCUUGAGCUUAUAAAGCAUCAGCAAGCUGAUCCUACUUUUUAUAUUAAUGCUUGUAUUGAAUCUCCAACUGGAAUGUUCUCAGAGAAUCUAUUUGAUGUGAACAUUAUUGAAUUAGAACAACUUAUAGCUGGUCUUGAAUGGACAAAGACUAUCGAAUGUUGGUAUUUAAAUAGAUUAGUUAAAAGUGUUACAAUAUUUGAAAGUGAGCCAGUAAUUUCACUAAUGUCAAAUGAGGAAUUUAAUGAACUUGGAUAUGCUAUUCAUAUUGACUUUUCAUACUUAAAGGAUAUCUGUAGAAACCAUAUUUUUACAAAACAUAUUUCUCGUGAGAUGAUGCAUAGGGAACAGUGA